GGCGCCAGAGGGGGGGGGGGCUUUAGGGCGAAGGAGGAGAGGAUCCCUGGCGGCAGACGAGAGCAGAUAAACCACUCUUCUGAAAGCUGUCUGCCUUUUCUUCGACAGUCCAGAAUCAACUGUAAAGUAUUCCUUCUGGAUCAAGAAAUAUAACAAAGAAUAUGGAAGCGUUCUUGAACCCAAAAGAGUCUGCCAAGUUCAUCGCCGAAAACAGCAAAGAUGUGUGCAUUGAAGAUGAUGGUGUACAAAAGGUUGCUGAAAUGUUAUUUGAUAAAGUCAAGGAGAAGGAGUUUGGUGUGACUGGCUGGAAAUCCCAUGAGCUGAAUCCUCAAGCAGCAAAUGAAGAUGCAGUCAACUGGGUAUUCCUGGCAGAUACCCUCAAUUUUUCCUUUUGGUCUGAACAUGAAGACCAUAAAUGUCUGGUGAAGUAUAAAGGCAAAGAAUACAGUGGUUACUGGGCUUUUUGUGCUGCCGUCAACAGAGCACUUGAUGAGGGAGUGCCCAUUACAAGUGCUUCGUACUAUGCAACUAUGACACUGGAGCAGGUGAAGCAUGUAUUUCGCUCAGAUACUGCUGUUCCCAUGCCAUUACUUGAAGAAAGACACCGCGUACUGAAUGAGACUGGGACAGUUCUCCUGGAGAAAUUUGGAGGAUCUUUCCUCACAUGUGUUAAAAAAAGUGAAAAAAGUGCCCAGAAAUUAUUACAGAUAAUAGUAGAAAAUUUCCCAUCCUUUAGAGAUGAGGCUACAUUUCAGGGGAGGAAGGUGGCCUUUUACAAACGGGCACAAAUCCUUGUAGCUGACACCUGGGGUGUGUUGGAGGGGAAAGGAGAUGGCUGCUUCAGUGACAUUUCCAGUGUGACUAUAUUUGCUGACUAUAGGAUACCACAGGUCCUUGUUCAUUUGGGAGCAAUGAAAUAUUCUGAUGAAUUGAUGAAGAAGCUCAAAGAAGGGUACAUGUUUCAGUCUAGAGACAAGCAGGAAGUGGAAAUCCGAGGCUGUUCUAUUUGGUGUUGUGAACUCAUUUGCAGACGUCUGCUGGACCUUUAUAAAAAGAAAGGCGAGGACAUGAGUGACAAAAUCAAUCCUGUUCUCUUGGAUUAUUAUCUGUGGGACUAUGCUCGGGAUCAUCGGGAAGACAUGAAAGGAAUUCCUUUUCACCGUGUACGAUGCAUAUACUAUUAAUAUCGUAUAAAUGAUACUGUAGUAUCAACAUAACAAAUUUUUCUAUCUAACGUUUGAAACUUGCUGUUUGAAACAAACAGAACAUGAGCAAAACAGUUUUGUGUUACUCUUAACCUAUCACCAUUAAUCUGUCA